AUGGCAUCUACAAUUGUAAUGUGUGAUCCCUGCUCUAGACAUAACAAAUCAUCUAAUGGAAUAAAGUAUUGUACAGAUUGUGAAGACACUUUAUGUACCGAGUGUACUUCUAUGCACUGUGUUUUUCAACAUAUUUCUUCUCACCACUUGGUCGAUGCGUCUGCGUUCAGAAUCAAGAAAAACUGCAAUGAACAUGAUGACUUGUCUUAUGAUUUUUACUGUUCCGAUCAUAAUUGUCUGAUAUGUCAAAAAUGCCUUGACAACAAUCAUCGUAACUGCGGUAAAAUUCAAACAAUAGAUAUACCUGCUAAAGGAUGUAGAUCCUCAUUAAUGUUAGAAGAUGUUACAAAAGACAUUACGUCAUUACUCAAAUCGACAAAGGAGUUGGUAGAAGAAAGUCAAAAGAAUAAGACAAGUGUAGGGCAAAUAAAGGGAAAAGUAUUAAAGGAAAUAUCUAGGUUCAGACAUAUCAUCAAUGAUCAUCUUGAUCAACUGGAACGGAAACUUAACCCUGAAGUGGAUAUUAUAGACAAAACGAUUUGCAAAAAGGCAGACAAAGAGUUCUGUGAGGCGAACGAGAGGCAAAAUUUCGUUGAAAAUGUAUGGAAGCAAGUGGAUUUUUAUACUAAACAUGGUUCAGAAAGUCAGUUAUUCAUCCUUUUAAACACACUAAAGUCGGAUAUCUCAAGACAAGCGUCAGGUCUGCAAACCUUGAUUCCAUGUUUUAAUACGAACAAUAUCAGUUUCGAACCAUCGAAUAUGAUUGAAGUAAUACAAUCUCUUGGGUCCGUAAAAGAAAUUUCUACCAAAAGAGCAGUGACCUCUCAAAAUAAUGGGCAAUUACAAGUACAAACAGUAGACAAUCGUCAAAAGAUGUUGAAACAGUUUGAGUUCGAAAAGAAAGUUGAUAUACCAUCAGGAAGAAUAACUGGUAUGGCAAUAACUAACGACAAUAGGUUAAUCCUCUGCAAUGAUGAUACCAGAGAAAAUAACAUUUCAGCAUGGACAGAAACAGGACAACACCUGCAAUCUUUAACCAUUCCUGGACGAAGAGUUUUCGCCAUAGCUAUCAUACCAGGAACAGACGAAGCUGUUUUAUCGAUGCCUGGAGAUGGAUUAAUUCAGUUUUUCAAUAUCAACAGUUUUACAAAAGGAAAAGAAAUCCAGGUGUCGGCAGUGUCUCCGCAUGGCAUUGCAGUCAUAAGAGAAACAGUGCUUGUCGGUUCCAAAGAUGGAAAAGUUUCUUUCGUUAACAAAACUAGUGGAAAGUGUCAAAAGAAACUGAAAGUUUGUAGAGGUGUUUUAACGGCACUCGUUACUAAUUUGUGCGACCAAGAAGAUGAACGGUUAUAUUUCUGUGAACAUAAUUGUGGGAACGCUGUUAUUUGUCUAAAGUUGGAUGGAACACGUAUUUUCUGUUGCGUUUUGAAAGAACCAGUAGCUUUAUCAUUAGAUUCUCAGGGAUAUGCAUAUGUGACAGAAUAA